AUGGCCUCCGGUCCGACAGAGGCGCAGAUUGCGCAUCAGAAGCUCAUCGAUGAGCUCGACAUCCAUUCCAUCCACAAGACGUUUCGAAACCCUCGCUGGAGGCCGAAUCAGCGUCGAAAUAAAAACAUCAAGACCAUUCUCGGCGACGCUUCGAGGCGCGAGGCCUCCGCCCUGGCUACCCCUCAGGACAACAGCGGCCUGGCCACCCCAGCCAAUGAUGACGGCCUCUCCACCAGCGGCACCUCGACUCCCGCGGCGGCGGAAAACGGAUCUGGCGGUUUACAACCGAAUCUCGCACAAGCGUCUCGUAGCCUUUCGAAGCUCGUGCUGGAGAAGUCGCUGCGUCCCAACGGCGCCGCGAACGCCCCCAGCGCAACCUACACGAACAUCGAGUCGGCACCUUCGCUAGCCUACGGCAAGAAGUACUGUGAUGUUACGGGGCUCCCGGCGCCUUAUCUCGACCCGAAAUCGAGACUACGGUAUCACAACCGAGAGGUGUUUAACUUGGUUAGAGGGUUCUCGCACGUCGUGGCUGAGCAAUAUCUCGAGGCGCGCGGCGCUCACACGGUUCUCAAAUAA